CCUAAAUAUAACAGAAGAAGAAAAUAAAAAAUGGCGGCAGCGCGGUGGGUGUUUAAACUAAGAUGAUUCUCUGGGAACAGACUCGAGCAGCGUUUCUCUGUCUGCGCAGAGCACAAGGACGUGGACGGUCCAUCCUCAGAAACCCAGAGACGCGGGCUGACGACUCGUGUUUCUUGUUUCUGAAGAGCGAGGUGAUGGCGGGUCAUGGUCGGAGGACACUGAGUUUUAAUGUGGACUCUGUCGGGAUUAACAGAGGGGACAGUUUCCCUCCAUCCCUGCAGCAGCCCACGCCUCUGUUCCCUGUAAUGGAGCAGAAGCCCCUCCCCCUGGCAGCUGGGGAGGAGGCCGAGUAUCUGCUGGCCCUCAAACAGGAGUUCAGAGGAGCCAUGAGGAGCCUGCCCUCCUUCAUCCAGCCAGCUGCUAAACACAGAGAUGUGGAGCGGUACUCUGAUAAAUACCACAGCAGUGAGCAGAGCGAGCGUCUGGUGAUCUGGACUCCAGACUGGAAGAGAUUCCCCAGAGAACUUGGAAUCCAUAUGAGAAAACCUCCCAGAGACGGCGUCUCUGUGUCGGUCAGUCACUCCACCAAAGUCCAGUCGAGUCAGAAGAAGAAGACGGUCAAAGAGAAAAAGGAAGUUCUGCUCAAACUGGAGAGUCUGGAGAAGAAAGAGGAGCAGCAGAGCUCAGAGGAGGAGGGGGAAGAGAAGAAGAAGCAGGAGGAAGAGGAGGCUGAAGGCGAGGAAGAGUAUGAUGAAGAAGAGUUUGAGGAGGAGACUGACUACAUCAUGUCCUACUUUGACAAUGGGGAGGAAUUUGGAGGAGACAGUGACGACAACAUGGAUGAGGCCAUUUACUGAAAUGAGAUGAUUUUUGAUCAAGCUUUUAAACCCAAACCAGAGAGCGUCAGAACCUGGUUCUAUCUGGUCCCCUGGAGACUUGUCUACAUUUGUAUAACUUUUAAUCAAAAAUAACCAACUUUUUAGCAGACCUGCAUUUCUUACAAGAUUUUAUGAUUUUUCACUGAAGACUUGGUUCUGUGCAUUUUACUGUUGUUUGUAGAAACGAGUAUAAAUGUCUGUGCUCACAUCUCCUUCAGUUCAGAGGAGACUUUGGCAGCAGGUCCAGUCUCUGCUGCCCUUUGUUUUUUUCUGGCUGGGUUUUAUUUCAUUCCAGAGUCAGAAAAGAGUAAAGCCAGGACAAAUCUUAUUGUCAGUUCGGACCCCGGCCUCAAACAGAUCUUGGUCCAGGACAGUGAGGUCACUGGAUCCUGAGUAGUUACCCUAACAUUCCACAGGAACUGAAGUCUGAACUGUGGACAGGAAGUGAACCAUCCAGUCCAAAGGAACCAUGUCUCUGCCUGCUGCUGUAACCUGAACCCAGACCUUCUGAAUACAGAUGCAGUUCCACAUCCGUCCACGGGAGGGCAGACCUGCUCCAAAGUCCUCAACCCCAACAGGCCUGGUGCUGGUUCUGUUCUGUCAGCAAGUGCUGAUUUGCAGGGCUCCUAGCCCACAGUGUUAUUGUUCUGGAUCGUGUUAGAACUCACUAGAACCAGACACAUCACUUCCUGCUUGUGACAGAUUCUUGCACUUAAGUAAUUUCUUGUUUCUGUGUUGAACAUGGUGAUGUGCAUCAUCUGUAACUGUGGCACUGCCGUGUUUGUUUCCUGCACACAAACCAGUAAGAACUAAGGUUCUGUGAACUCUUUGGAACACAGGAACCAGGACACGAUGAAGACCUCAGUCAGCAGCAGUAGAGAAAGUUCAUUUCCUGCUUUUUAAGUUCACAGUCGCACUUCAGUUGUUCAAAGAAUAAACCAGGUUCAUGAGUCA